UGUAUACAGAAAAUCUCUAUAAAAAUUACUGUUUCGAAGAAAUUAAAAUGUUUAUGUUGUUGUUGUUGUAGCGGCAGAAAUCUGCCGAGUUGACAGUCCUUGGCCGGAAUAAACCCGGGUCCGUUCCGGUUACGUAGACCCGACUGUCGUGAGAACGGUUUAUAUUAUAGCAUUAUCCGCUAUAUAAGCAAAAAUCAAGAAAAGUUCAAAUUAUAAUAACGGAAAGUAAAUUCAUUCAAGGUGUCAGUGAAGUAAUUGCGUUAAUACGGCAACGAUAUUGAGAACAACAACUGUUCCCACGUGAAACGAAAUGUCAAAGUGACAUUUACUAAUUUACUUACACGUCCCUGGAGUUUUUCUCUAAUCAUUGCACGAGAUUAACUUUAGUAAAUUUAUUUUAAUUCUGCUUUCCAUUAAAUUAAGCACAUUAGUAAAAUGUCAACAAGGACUAACACAAUUGAACGCAAUAGUAAUGGUAGCCCAAAGACAUUAAAUCUUUCAGAGAUUUGCUCAAGGGCGUUGAAAGCGAAUUCCGAAUGGCCAGACAAGGAUGAAUUCUUAGACGUUGUCUACUGGGCGAGACAGAUAUUUGGAAUUCUUUUAGGCAUAGUAUGGGGCAUUGUGCCAUUAAAGGGCUUCCUAGGAUUAGUACUAUUCGCUGGUAUUAGUUGUGGCAUUGUGUACAUUUAUUCCAUAAAUUUCCAAGGAAUUGAUGAAGAGGCUUACGGUGGCGCCUGGGAGCUGGUUAAAGAGGGAUUUAUGACGUCAUUUGCCGGUUUUCUUGUGACGUGGAUAAUUUUCUACACUGGGCUGCAUUAUGAUACCAUAAUGGCUGAAAAGGAGCUGUCAUAAAGCAGUUUCAAAAGUUAAGGAUUUGCAGAUUAGUUAAACCCAAAAACAAUAGACUUAAGCACAUCAACAAAAUACCUUUCGAAAAUAUCAAUUAAAAUUUUCUCCCAUUGUGAAUGCAACAUGUUAAUAGCCAAUAGUACGCGGGCGAAAUAAUUCAGCAGAUGUGAAAAAGUGACCCUUCCCAACUAUCUAUGCAGUUCCUUACAGUUAAAUGUAUAGCUUUCGACCAUCAUAAUUUUAGAACUAUUAGUUAAUACAAUUAGAAAAUUUAUGACAAAUGUAAUUAAUUAUACACUGAGAUUCGUUCCUUACACGUUUCUGCAUUUAUCAGCAUUUUGUCAUUAGAUGUGCUGCUUAAAUGUAUCAUUAUCCAUACGUGUUUAAAUUUUUCUAUGAAAAAAUAAACGUUUAAAUACCGUUAGUUCUUAAAA